CUCAAUCUGUCGCCAAGAGCCCCAAACCACACGAGUAACAAGACUGAGGCAGCCACACCCAUACAUGGAGAAAAGAGUUGCUUCAAGGAUCCUGCUGAUGAUGCUUUCGCUCCAGGCUCUGCUCCUUGUCGCCGGGCUCUCCACCCCCGCCGCCACCACGGUGGCGGUGGCUGGCGGCUCCGGCGAGGACAUGGGCGGCGCCAUUCGCCUUCCCAGCGACACCGCGUCAGGUGAGAGGCCGUGGAAGUGCUGCGACCUGCAAACAUGCACCAAGUCGAUCCCAGCGUUCUGCCGGUGCCGGGACCUGCUUGAGCAGUGCUCGGACGCCUGCAAGGAGUGCGGCAAGGUGAGGGACUCGGACCCUCCGCGCUACAUUUGCCAGGACGUGUACAGAGGCAUCCCCGCGCCCAUGUGCCACGAGCACCAAGGGAGGACGAACCAAGUGGUCGUCGUCCAUGCCGGUCCUAAAGAGAUGGCGGCAGUUGUGAGGGGGUCGAAGAAGGGAGAAAAUGGCAAGGGGAGGCCAUGGAAAUGCUGCGACAAGGCCGUCCCCGGGCCGACGACGGAGGGACAGGUGUGGUACUGCAUGGACAAGGUGGACAAGUGCACCUGCAACCGCUGCUUCGAGCUGGAGGGCAGUCACCGCUACUACUACUGCCUCGACGGAUACCAGGGCAGUGACCCAGGGCCAAGCUGCACUACCCAUGCAUGAGGUGAAGAAGAAGAGAGACGCCUUCCAUGGCCAUGGCUGUCUCCGAUCACUACUAGAGGUCAAUAAGAGCUAGUGCUUUAGCUAGCGUGCAUGCGCACGCAUUGAUGCAUCGUGGUCCAUGUGCUAAUGGCGCUGCAGUUCUCGAUGGAUCGAUGGCGAGGUAUGUUCAUCAGUGUCUCGCUGGUAAACGCUGGAUGCCUGGAUCGAGUAGGACUGUAACAGAUCGCGGUGUUUUUUUUUUCCUAUCGCUGUGCUGUUUACCGUUUCCUGUCACUUAUGUUUCCUGUGAAGCAAACAUGAAUAAAAUGGACGAGAGUAUCACUUCAGUUUUAUGUA